GGCAGCGAUUCCGCCAGCCCCGUCGCGAAGUUUCCAGCUUUUCCAGCGCCGGCUGACCGGUCCACCGUCCCCAGACCCUGGCCAUGCGGCCCCUACUGCUCCUGAUCCCGCUGAGCUGGCUGCUCCUGGCCGAAGCAAAGGGCGACGCCAAACCGGAGGACAACCUUUUAGUCCUCACAGUGGCCACUAAGGAAACUGAAGGGUUUCGCCGCUUCAAGCGUUCAGCCCAGUUCUUCAACUACAAGAUCCAGGCGCUUGGCCUUGGGGAGGACUGGAAUGUGGAGAAGGGGAUGUCUGCAGGUGGUGGGCAGAAGGUCCGGCUGCUGAAGAAAGCUCUGGAGAAGCAUGCAAACAAGGAGGACCUGGUUAUUCUCUUCACGGACAGCUAUGACGUGGUGUUUGCAUCGGGGCCCCGGGAACUCCUGAAGAAGUUCCGGCAGGCUAAGAGCCAGGUGGUCUUCUCAGCCGAGGAGCUCAUCUACCCAGACCGCAGGCUGGAGGCCAAGUAUCCGGUAGUCUCCGAUGGCAAGAGGUUCCUGGGCUCGGGAGGCUUCAUUGGUUAUGCUCCCAACCUCAAGAAACUGGUGGCUGAGUGGGAAGGUCAAGACAGUGACAGUGACCAGCUUUUUUACACCAAGAUCUUCUUGGACCCAGAGAAGAGGGAGCAGAUCAAUAUCAGUCUGGACCACCGCUGCCGUAUCUUCCAGAACCUGGAUGGGGCCUUAGAUGAGGUUGUGCUCAAGUUUGAAAUGGGCCACGUGAGAGCGCGGAACCUGGCCUAUGACACCCUCCCGGUCCUGAUCCAUGGCAACGGGCCCACCAAGAUACAGCUAAACUACCUGGGCAACUACAUCCCACGCUUCUGGACCUUUGAGACAGGCUGUGCCGUGUGCGACGAGGGCCUGGGCAGCCUCAAGGGCAUUGGGGACGAAGCUCUGCCCAUAGUCCUGGUCGGCGUGUUCAUCGAGCAGCCCACGCCCUUCCUGUCCCUGUUCUUCCAGCGGCUCCGACGCCUCCGCUACCCCCAGAAACGAAUGCGGCUUUUCAUCCACAACCACGAGCAACACCACAAGGCGCAGGUGGAGCGGUUCCUGGCGGAGCAUGGCAGCGAGUACCAGUCGGUGAAGCUCGUGGGCCCUGAAGUGCGGGUUGCAACUGCGGACGCCAGGAACAUGGGCGCAGACCUGUGCCGGCAGGACCGCAGCUGCACCUACUACUUCAGUGUGGACGCUGACGUGGCCCUGACCGAGCCCGACAGCCUGCGGCUGCUGAUCGAGCAGAACAAGAAUGUCAUCGCCCCGCUGCUGACCCGUCAGGGGAGGCUGUGGUCAAACUUCUGGGGGGCACUGAGUGCAGAUGGCUACUAUGCCCGCUCCGAGGACUACGUGGACAUCGUGCAGGGCCGGCGAGUCGGCGUCUGGAACGUACCCUAUAUCUCCAACAUCUACUUGAUCAAGGGGAGUGCCCUGCGGACCGAGCUGCAGACCACAGACCUGUUCCACCACCGCAAGCUGGACCCCGACAUGGCCUUCUGCGCCAACCUCCGGCAGCAGGAUGCGUUCAUGUUCCUGACCAACCGACACACCUUUGGCCACCUGCUCUCCCUGGACAGCUACCAGACCACCCACCUCCACAAUGACCUCUGGGAGGUGUUCAGCAACCCUGAGGACUGGAAGGAGAAGUACAUCCAUGAGAACUACACCAAGGCCCUGGCGGGGAAGCUGGUGGAAACGCCUUGCCCGGAUGUCUACUGGUUCCCCAUCUUCACGGACGCGGCCUGCGACGAGCUGGUGGAGGAGAUGGAGCACUUUGGCCAGUGGUCUCUGGGCGAUAACAAGGACAACCGCAUCCAGGGUGGCUACGAAAACGUGCCCACCAUUGACAUCCACAUGAACCAAAUCAGCUUCGAGCGGGAGUGGCACAAGUUCCUGGUGGAGUACAUUGCCCCCAUGACGGAGAAGCUCUACCCCGGCUACUAUACCAGGGCCCAGUUCGACCUGGCCUUUGUUGUCCGCUACAAGCCAGAUGAGCAGCCCUCACUGAUGCCGCACCACGACGCCUCCACCUUCACCAUCAACAUCGCCCUGAACCGCGUCGGGGUGGACUAUGAGGGCGGGGGCUGUCGGUUCCUGCGCUACAACUGCUCCAUCCGAGCCCCAAGGAAGGGUUGGACGCUCAUGCACCCUGGGCGGCUCACGCACUACCACGAGGGGCUCCCCACCACCAAAGGCACCCGCUACAUCGCUGUCUCCUUCGUCGAUCCCUAAUAGGCCAGGCCUGGCCCUUCGGACCGUUCUUCUUUGCUGACAACCACUGCCCAGCAGCCCCUGGGGCUCAGGAUCCCAGGGACCUGGUCCAACCUCCAGGCUCUUGACUCCCCAUUGCUUUUGGAGCCACCAGUUGGAGAGACUGGGCCAGGACGCAGCGACCUCCACAGGUGGCUGGGCUCUCUGUGGUGCUUUGGACCCAGCCCCGGGCAAUGCUGUUCACUUUCAUUGCUUUCUAGAGACUCAUUCUUCCUGAAAAACUGAGUCCCCGUCCUCUGCUUCUUCCACAAACAAAAUGGGCUUACCUGAGCUGCCUAGAGACUGUAGGGGUGCGAAGUCAAACCCCAGAGCUGCUUCUGGGCAGUGUUGCAGCCCCAGGGACUUCUGCUUCAAGUUUUGGGAUAGUCACAGAGACCGAAUCAAGCUCAAGUUCCUACCCUGAGCCCGAGAUCACUGAUACCCCUUCCUCCACGGCUCCUGUCAUGAGAGCAAACGGCUGUCCCUUGAAGACAGCAACUCUGCAGACCUCCUGGGAGCUAGGAAAGGCUUCUAAGCCACAGCUCCAUCCUCUACUUGGCCCUGACCAAGUAAGGGGGCUGACAUGUCCACACACUGCACUGGGUCAGUCUGUCCUGGAGGCCUCUAUGGAGAAGGAUAGACAGACAAACAGGAGAGUUUCUAUUAAAGGUUGUUCAAACCACUGAGUGGGAGAUGCUUAGGGUGGGUGGGUGUGCACGUGUCCUGCAGAGAGUCUGCAGGGAGCAGUUUUAAGAGCCCGUGGUUGUAAGAAAGGCUGUGUCUUUGUCAGCAGACUUGUGACUUCUGCUUGCCAAACUCUG